AUGGAGAUUAUGAAUGAAUUCCAGGAUUUAGCGCAGGAUUAUAUAGAUAAUAGACCUCCGAGUUUAUCGCAUGAUCUAUCUUUACUCUCCCUUGAUUCAAAAGAAUCGAAAUCAUCUAUCCCCAAGUACGGAACUAUAGAUCAAAUUUGUACUGAAAAUAUGGGAGAUAAUCUUACUAAAUCUAAGACGCAGGGACGGAAUUCCUUCGAUUCCAAAAAACAAUUGAGCGAUUUUUACACAUUUUUGACCCAAUUGACCCCUGAACAGUCAGCUCAUCUUCCACCCGCCUGGCCUGCAUCUAGGCCGCUUUGCAAAUACUCUCUCAGCGCUUACAAUAAUAAAUACGAGCUUUUGAAGGCCGAACCCGAACCUCUCUUGUACGAUUUUCCUUUGGCCAGUGCCCACUCUGAUAGAUUUUCCCAAUUCCUCGUUGGUCAUAUUGCUAGUAAGAGGCAAGAAUCGCCUAUCAUAUAUAAUGACAGUCUGGAGGAGCCAAAUUUCUUCCUACUUAACGGGCUUGAAACGAAUUUGUAUCACCACCAUAAUCAAUUUAUGAAUUCAAACCUUCCAGACCCAAGCCCUAGCCAACUAUUAGCUCCAAAUUAUGCUGAAGGCUUUGUCAAACUACUUAACAAAAGAAUCCCUUGUCAUGAUUCUCAAGUUCGUAUGGCUGAGGCAGAAGAUAAACGAACUACUGAAAUUAUAGGCGAUAAUGUGAUCGUUGAUCGCUGCCAAAUGACCAUAUACUGUGUCCCUUUGCUGGAUCUCAUAUUCGCACAUUUGUUUGUGCCGAAGCCGGAAUCUAUUCCUGAAAAACUUACUUCACCCUCAAACGAAUCACAAGCUUUUGAUGCCAAUAACUCAGGGAUCAAAGACUGCUCUACACUUUGCAAUACCUUUUUGAGUGACAGAUCUAAUCCAUAUGGGCAUAUAUCCAAAUUAAUAUGCAAUAGUGCUAGUGAAUUGGCCCUCAAGUACUUUAAAGACAAUAUCUUUUCAAACAACCAAAGGAGAGAAGAGUGCAAUAUCAAAAGAUUCAUAGAACUACUUAAGUCUACGUCGGUAUUCUUUCAUCGCAAUGCUAGAGGAAAUUCUGGAUUUGUAGAGUCAAGGAGCCGAGAGCUAAUGCUAAAAUGUUUCAAAAUGUACUAUCGCGAUGAUAAAAUAGUCAAGCUUUGUCCGGCUAUGAAUUUAUUUGGAAAGGGGUGUGUUUGUGAACUUCACUUAUACAUUCCGGAACUGUCCCCUUCACAAUCACAUUUGAAUACUGAGCACAAAAUAGAAAUGUCUCUUCCAUCCCAACCCCCGCUUAACCAACAAGAUCGUGAGUCAAAAAUGGAAAAUCUGGAAUAUUCUGAGUUGCUUAUUGAUCUUAAAUGCGAAAACCACUCUACUUCAUACAAAAGUAAUAUUGCCCAAGGUAAAAGAUCAGAAGGGAACAAAAAUUCCGCCGAAAAUUUGCCAAAUAUCGUCCACCUUUCUUGUGAUUGUGGAUUUACCUUUGGUAGUUUAGAAGGACGCCAUACUUUUACCGUUAAGAAAGCUAAUUACAAUUUUUACGAAGAGAUGAGGCUAGCAUGUUGUUACAAAAGGUUUAAAAUUGUUUUAUCCAAAUUUUUUCCAUCUUCGGGCCUGAAUGCUGAUGAUUGCAAGGAUAAUGUUGAAAUGCCUCACAUAUCUAUCGCCAACAGCGUAUUAAACGUCAUUAAGCCUGAAUGGAAACACUUAGAUUUAAUUGAAAAUAUCUUUGGAUUAGCCAAAGAUAACAAUACUACCUCCACCACCAGCCCAAAAAUGAAUAAGAAACUGAAAUACACACUUUUACUCAAACAUAUUUAUCGACAGAACUUCUCCAUGAAUUAUGUCUAUGUAUCCUCGUACCUAGAAUUCAAGUGCAAUCAAAAUGAUCUUUCUUUAUCUCAAAAUCUCGAUUUCUCUUCUUGGUCCUUGGUUCAUUAUGGUCCAUUCAUAUCCUACAUUCCAGAUAUUGGAUUAGAUAUGCCCAAUUACUUACCCCACUCCAAUAAGCUUUUAUCCUGGUACCACAAGAUUCAACAUGUCAAAACUACAAAUGACAAAAACUCAGGAGGGAUGGAUCAAGAAGAUUCUUUUCAGGCUACUACUUUAUUGUUCUACCUUGGAUUUGAAUAUGAAUGCGUUUACGGAAAGCACAAAUUCAUAGCGAAUUCAGUUGAAGAUGGUUUUACGGUUUCGACAAAGAAAAAAUAUAUGCAAGCGGAUCAUUUACUCCGCACCGAAAUGCCACUCUACCGCCUUUGUCCUUGCGCCAAAACUCAAGUCUCUACCACCAUAUUAAGUCACACUACUAGCAAAUAUCUAGCUAGGCUCAACAAAGUAUACAUAGCUAUACCGAACGCACCCAUUCAUGUUACCCUUAGCCCUAAAAUCCGAUUUUCCAAGAAAAAAUUUAAAGGUGAUGACUCAGAACUGCUUGACGAUGAUGCAUGGCCUGAGGAAGGAUUAUUUUCCCAAAAUGAAGCCGAUUCGUUCGUAUUUAUGCCCGAUUUAGCGAAAACCGAUUUGAAAUUAACGUCGAACUCGUUUUGGGCUCUCAAAUUUCCGUUUUUAUACUACAGUCAUUUGGGUUUGCAUUCAAAAUCAACCUUUAACUUAAAUGAUACAAUCCCCAGAAAAAAUGCUUAUUCAGACGGAAAUCUGCUCAAGAAUAUUUUUAUCGUCGAAAUGUCGAAGCCUAUUUUAAAAAAGAAUUUAUCAUAA